AUGACAUUAGAAAAUAAUAAGAGACCCUUAGAAGUGUCUGAUGAUAUUGUUCUAGACGGCAAAAAGCUCAAGCAUGAAAGCAUCUCCGUUGAUUCGAAGCCUGAGGGCAUUCAAGAAUCUGAUGUGGGUAUCACUGAACUGAUCUCGUCAGCUGAAUUCGGUAUAGUUGGUCUUCUGAAGCAGAGAUAUACAGACUUUCUGGUAAAUGAGGUGGACCCUACUGGAAAAACCAUUCACCUUUUGGACGAAGGUAUUCCCGACAAGCGUGAGAGAAGAAGAGAGAGGAGAAAAGCUGAUCGAGAAGGUGAUGCAGAAGACGAACAGGAAGAGUCUGUUGAGCCUGCUGUGCCAGAGGUUGCUUCUGCAAAUCAGAUACCGCAGGUGUCCGAGGAACAAAAGACGAAACUUGUUGCAUUAUUCGGAGAGAAAGACUUCGAAAAUAUUCAAGAGCUGUUCAGUACUGGGACAUUCUUCGAGACCUCGAAUAGGUUUGAUGACAAAAUGGAAAGAACCAAUAUUCACAAGCUCAUCAGGGAAGCCUAUCAGGGAAGACUAGAGACUUUAACUACCGACAUGAAUGCUUUCAAAAUUGCAUUGACCACCAAAGGACAGAAGAAAGGAGAAAAAGGUAGCAGGAGAACCGGAGGAGAUAACACCAAACUGGUUCACACUCUCGGUCCCAAGAAAGACUACUUGCACUUUGACAUGUACAAAGAAAACAAGGAAACAAUGGAAGUGGCUGCACUUUUGGGAAAGCUCUUCAAAAUUCCAAGCAAAUGGAUCAAGUACGCAGGUACUAAAGACAGAAGGGCAGUCACCGUGCAAAGACUCUCUGUGGAGAAGCUUGGUGUUGAAAGAGUCAAUGGAUUGAACAAAAUGCUUAAGGGCAUCAGACUUGGUGGCUUUGCAUAUGCAGACUCUGCUCUGUCACUGGGAGAUUUACAAGGAAAUGCAUUCGUUAUUACGAUCAAAGAUGUACAAUGUGUCAAGGAAGGACAAUCAAUUGAAGUAGCCGUCAAAUCUUCGUUGGAGUCGCUGAAAGCAAAAGGUUUCAUCAACUAUUUUGGUAUGCAACGUUUUGGCACAUUUUCGAUCUCAACCCAUGAAGUUGGUACCCAGCUUCUUAAGGCCAAUUGGAAGCAAGCCGUUAACAUGCUGUUGUCAGAACAGGCUAUUGUGGUUCCAGAUUCCAUUGAAGCUAGAAGAAUAUGGGCAGAGACGAAGAACCCACAGCGUGCUGCAGAGAAGAUGCCAAAGAGAUGCAGUGCUGAAUACAGUAUUUUGAGAAGACUCGAGAAAGAGAGAAAGGGAGAAGACGGUGAUUGGAACGGAAAUGGCUAUUUCAAUGCUAUCAUGGCAAUCCCACGAAACUUGAGAAUCAUGUAUGGACAUGCGUAUCAAUCAUACGUGUGGAACAUCGCUGCCAGCAAAAGAAUACGACUAUUCGGGUUGAAGGUUGUUGCUGGAGACUUGGUCCUGGACGAAGAGGCUCCUAAACUGUCACCGAAGGUCGGUGAAAAUGAUGAGGAGUUCCAGGAGGACAUACGUAAAGACAUGUUCAUCCGUGCCAGAUACCUUUCACAGGCUGACGUUGACAGCGGAAAAUAUACCAUUUACGAUGUCGUGCUUCCUACUCCUGGUUUUGAUAUCAAGUAUCCAGAAACACCAGAAAUGAUGCAAGUUUACAAAGAUGUCAUGGCAGCAGAUGGACUGGAUCCUGAGAACAUGACCAGCCGCAUCCGAGAGUUUUCGCUUGCAGGCUCCUACAGAAAGGUGAUGGGCAGAGCAUUGAACUUGGAAUACUUUGUGAGGAAGUAUAACGAUCCAAAUGAGCCUCUGGUGAGAACCGAUUUAGAGAUUCUCAGAUUGAAACAAGAAGCAGAAUUAGAAGGGAAAACUGGUGAAAUCAGCCAGAUUCUCGAUGGGGUACCAGAUGGAGCUAGUACGGCUGUGAUCAUCAAGAUGCAAUUGGGUGUUUCUGCCUAUGCUACAAUGGCUCUGAGAGAGGUGUUGAGACAGGAUACUUCUCGCCGAGGAGACCAAAUGUCAUUAAGAAAAUAA